AUGGUGAUGGUUGAACGGGAGGAGGAGGAAGAAGAAAUCAGAACAAUUCACGAUCGUCGUUGGGUGGAAAAGAGUAUUUGCGCGUGGAGUUAUAGUGAAGCGGAGGUGGGGGAUACAAGUAUGAAGAGCUCCAAGGAGGGAUGCUCGUGGAUCAAGGGGAUCGAAGGGGAGGAGGGACCUUUCUCUUACGUGACAGAGACAGGGGAGACAUACAAUGUCGACUAUGUGACCUACAAGUUUGGAAAGAAGGUCGAGACAGGAACGAUUCUGUUCAACAACGGAGACAAGUAUGAAGGAGACUGGUCGAUGGGAGCCAAGAACGGGAAGGGAGUCUACAAAUGCGCUAACGGGGUAGUCUAUGACGGGCGAUGGAAGGAUGACAUGCGGCAUGGCUACGGGACCUGCUCGUACGCCAACGGUGAUGUGUACAAGGGGAAGUGGACGAAGAACCAGAAGCACGGGGAAGGAUGCUACACGUUCAGCAACGGCAACUGCUACGACGGGGAUUGGCGGUGCGAUCGGGCGUGUGGGAGAGGCGUGUGUGAGUACUCGAAUGGCGAUCGGUACGAGGGGGAAUGGAAAGACGACAGGGCACAUGGGAAGGGGAAGUACUCGUACGCGUCGGGGGAGAAGUAUGAGGGAGGAUGGGUGAAGGGCAAGAAGGCUGGGAAGGGAGUUUUCUCCUUUCGCUGCGGGGAUGUAUAUGAGGGAGAUUUCAAGGACGACGAUAUCUGCGGUAUCUGCUCCUCCUCCUUCUCCUUCUCUGCCACCACCCACAUCACCACCUCCUCAUCCUCCUCAUCCUCCUCUUGCUCCAACCCGCACACAAUGCCUACCAUUUCCUACUCUCCUGAUAGACCUCUGGCAGGAAAGGGAACGAAGCUGUACAAGGACGGAGGGCAAUACGAGGGAGACUGGCUGAAGGGGUUGAGGCACGGGAGAGGAAAGCUGACGGACAAGGAAGAGAAGGUUUUACAUGAUGGGCUGUGGAGCAACGACGUGCCAGUGAUGGAGUCGUCGAAGGAAAAGGAGGAGGAGGAAGGGAAGUUGCAUCCUCCCCACAAGCAGGAAGCGAAGCAGAGGCCUCCACCAAGUCGACAGCAUGUGCAGACGCGGAACAACAUGGGAGGGAGGAGGAAGUCUCGGGCGGAGGAAAGGAGGACGAGGAAGUGGAGAAGGCAGCGCAGAGGAGGAAGGAGCAGCUGCUGUGGGAAGCAGCCAAACAGCUGA